AUGACACUUGCUGGAAGUAAAGCAUUUAUUGGUCAACCAGCACCUAAUUUUAAAACAACAGCUGUUGUGAACGGUGAUUUCAAGGAAAUUUCACUUGGUCAAUUUAAGGGAAAAUAUGUUGUUCUCUUCUUUUAUCCUCUUGAUUUCACUUUUGUUUGUCCAACGGAAAUAAUUGCAUUUUCUGAUCGUAUUGCGGAAUUUAAACAAUUAGAUGUAGCUGUUAUGGCAUGUUCAACAGAUUCACACUUUUCACAUCUUGCAUGGGUAAAUACUGAUCGAAAAAUGGGUGGACUUGGUCAAAUGAAUAUACCAAUUUUGGCUGAUACAAAUCAUGUAAUAAGUCGAGCAUAUGGUGUACUUAAAGAGGAUGAUGGAAUUGCUUAUCGUGGAUUAUUCAUUAUUGAUCCAAAAGGAAUUUUGCGGCAAAUCACAAUUAACGAUCUUCCAGUAGGUCGUUCUGUAGACGAAACUUUACGUUUAAUUCAAGCUUUUCAGUUUGUUGACAAGCAUGGUGAAGUAUGUCCUGCUAAUUGGCAUCCAGGAUCUGAAACGAUUAAGCCUGGUGUGAAAGAAAGUAAAGCAUAUUUUGAGAAACAUUAA